AGUGCCAGGCCUGUCCUGCUGGCACCGAGCCAGUGCUUGGACUGGAAUAUAAGUGGUGGAAUACGUUGCCUCUCAACAUGAAGACUUCCUGCUUCAACGUUGGGAACUCCAAAUGCGAUGGGAUGAAUGGCUGGGAAGUUGCCGGUGACCACAUCCGGAGCGGGGCAGGAGGCACAGAUAACGACUAUCUCAUUGUGAACCUCCACGUACCAGGAUUUAAGCCUCCCACGUCAGUAACAGGAGCGAUGGGCUCAGAACUUGGGCGCAUCACUUUCGUCUUUGAGACCAUCUGCUCUGCAGACUGCGUACUCUAUUUCAUGGUGGACAUCAACAAGAAGAGCACCAAUGUGGUGGAGUCGUGGAGUGGGGCCAAGGGCAAGCAGUCGUACACCCACCUCAUCUCCAAGAAUGCCUCCUUUACGUUCACCUGGGCUUUCCAAAGGACCAAUCAAGGCCAAGAUAGCAGGAAGCUGAUCAACGACGUGGCCAAGAUCUACUCGAUCACUGUCAGCAAUGUAGCGGACGGAGUGGCCUCGUCCUGCCGGGCCUGUGCCGUUGGUUCAGAGCAGUCUGGCUCCUCCUGCAUCCCGUGCCCUGUUGGGCACUACAUAGAGAAGGAGACCAACCAGUGUCAAGCGUGCCCUCCCAACACGUACCUCUCUAUCCACCAAGCCUACGGGGAAGGAGCCUGCGUCCCUUGUGGGCCUGGCAGCCAAAGCACCCAGGACCGCUCGGCCUGCUACAAUGACUGCCUCUUCUCCUACGUCAGGAACAACCGGAGCCUGGCUUACGAUUUCAGCCGCCUGAGCAGGGUGGGCUCCUUAAUGAAUGGACCGAGCUUCACCGCGAGGGGCACCAAAUUCUUCCAUUUCUUCAACAUCAGCCUGUGUGGGUCCCAA